GUUUGUGUGUGUCCGGAUUAUGUGACGUGUUUCCGGUAGAGUCCGUAUUCGAUGACUCUUCGCUGGCGGAGUUUGGUUAUUGCUGCGGUGAUACCAGAGAAUCUCACACUCGGAAGUCUGCGGCUGUGACCUGUGCUAGCCAUCUGACCAACUGAGCGUGCCCAGUUGGGGGGUUUCCCUCCACACCACACAGUUCUACAGACAGAGAACUUCAGACCGCCAUCAUGGUGCUGGCUGAUCUGGGGAGGAAGAUCACCUCAGCGCUGAGGUCACUCAGCAACGCCACCAUCAUCAAUGAAGAGGUGUUGAACGCCAUGUUGAAGGAGGUGUGUGCUGCUCUCCUGGAGGCCGACGUCAACAUCAAACUGGUCAAACAGCUCAGAGAAAAUGUCAAGUCUGCCAUAGACCUGGAGGAGAUGGCUUCAGGUCUGAACAAGAGGAGGAUGAUCCAGCACGCCGUCUUCAAGGAGCUGGUCAAGCUGGUGGACCCUGGUGUGAAGGCCUGGACUCCGACCAAAGGAAAGAACAACGUCAUCAUGUUUGUUGGUCUGCAGGGCAGCGGCAAAACUACUACUUGCUCCAAGCUGGCGUAUUAUUACCAGAGGAAAGGCUGGAAGACCUGCUUGAUCUGUGCAGACACCUUCAGAGCAGGCGCCUUCGAUCAGCUGAAACAAAACGCCACCAAAGCCAGAAUUCCCUUUUACGGCAGUUACACAGAAAUGGAUCCCGUGGUGAUCGCCUCUGAGGGCGUUGAGAAAUUUAAAGGUGAGAGUUUUGAGAUCAUCAUCGUGGACACAAGUGGACGACACAAACAGGAAGACUCUUUGUUUGAGGAGAUGCUGCAGGUUUCCAACGCUGUGCAACCAGACAACAUUGUGUAUGUGAUGGAUGCCUCCAUCGGUCAGGCCUGCGAGUCUCAGGCUAAAGCCUUCAAAGACAAAGUGGAUGUGGCAUCGGUGAUCGUCACCAAACUGGAUGGACACGCUAAAGGAGGUGGAGCUCUGAGCGCUGUGGCGGCCACCAGGAGUCCCAUCAUCUUCACCGGGACAGGAGAGCACAUCGACGACUUUGAGCCGUUUAAGACUCAGGCAUUUAUCAGUAAACUGCUCGGAAUGGGUGACAUCGAAGGGCUGAUUGGCAGGGUGAAGGAGUUGAAGCUGGAUGACGAUAAGCUGAAACAUGGGCAGUUCACCCUCAGAGACAUGUACAAGCAGUUCCAGAACAUCAUGAAGAUGGGACCCUUCGGACAGAUAAUGGGUAUGAUUCCAGGCUUUGGUACAGACUUUAUGAGUAAAGGAAACGAACAGGAGUCAAUGGCCAGACUGAAGAAGCUGAUGACGAUCAUGGACAGCAUGAACGACCAAGAACUUGACAGUAAAGAUGGAGCCAAGCUAUUCAGUAAGCAGCCCAACAGGAUCCAGCGGGUAGCCCGGGGCUCGGGUGUCGCCACCAGAGACGUUCAGGAACUGCUGACUCAGUACACCAAGUUUGCUCAGAUGGUCAAGAAGAUGGGGGGCAUCAAAGGCCUGUUCAAAGGAGGAGACAUGUCCAAGAACGUCAACCCGUCUCAGAUGGCCAAACUAAACCAACAGAUGGCCAAGAUGAUGGACCCCAGAGUUUUGCACCAUAUGGGGGGUAUGGCGGGUCUUCAGUCCAUGAUGCGUCAGUUUCAACAGGGAGCUGCCGGCAACAUGAAAGGAUGUCAGGGUUGUUCCAGAUGGGUGUAAGUCUACAUGGAAAGAGGGAAGAUCUGGUUAUCUUACAGAAUUCCCACCAAGCCAUUAAGGAAAAACGGAUGGGAUUUAACAACAUGUGACCACCACCCAACCAGCUGCCUUAUAAGAGAAGAUGGUGGAGGAGGUGGAGCAACCUGGUAUCUGCUGUUUUGCUCCAUCACAUUUCCUUUUAUUUAGAAAAAAAGCAGAAGAAUUAAAGAUUUAAAGGAAAUCUACUGAAGGAUCCUUUAACUGAGAACUGCUGGUUAGUUUGUGUAAAAAUGUUCGUGUGUGAAAUUUAACGGUAAAAGAGUGGGUCCUGAUUUAAUGAUGAUGAUGAUGAUGAUGGCAUAAGUUAGUGACAGUAUUUUUGUCAUAUAAUAAACAUUUUUACUGCAU